AUGCUGGGCUGGCUGGGCCGGAGGGUCGUGUUGGGAGGAAGAAAGUUUCUGUCUCUGCCUACUCUGACUGUGCUUAUUCCACUGAUCUCCUUAGCCUCCUUAGCAGGUCUGUUCUACUCAGCCUCUCUGGAGGAGGACUUCCCACAGGGCUGCACAAGUACAGCCAGCCUUUGCUUUUACAGUCUGCUCUUGCCCAUCAUCAUUCCAGUGUAUGUGUUCUUCCCCCUCUGUACCUGGAUGGGUAUUAAGCUCUUCAGGCAUAAUUAA